AUGUCCGAUGCUCGACAUCAACCCGCGAAAGAAGGAUUUGAUCGAAGGCGCGAAAUCGAGGCCACGAGAACGAGUAAGACUCAGGCAUUAGUACGCCCCCGGAGCUCUUCCCUUUGCAUUAGCGCUCGUGAAAUGAAAGUGGCAUCGAUACGCCUCAACGGCGAAGCGCUAAAAGCGUGGUUUGUUAACUCGUCAGAAGGAGGAAGACCGAGACGGGACCCCGCCCAAGGGUUACACCCUAUUCCUAAACUUCAGAAAGGGUUCUUACUUAUCGCCGAAAGUGCACGAAAAACUCGACAAACAGGCCCGGGUCGUCGUCAAACUGGGCACUUAUGGAUUCCACUCUUCUAUUCGGUGCUACUGAACAAAAAGACAAUCUUUGGUUCGCUAAUCGAUGAUCCUUGGAAGUCUCCCUCGUCUGGGGUCUUUCGAUGGGAUCGGGUAUUCCCAGGAGUCGUUAAAGUGCUAGGAAUGAAAUUGCCCUUUGGGGGUCGACAAGCCAGAAAGUGGAUCGGUAAAGAGCGGGGCUGGGGUCGGAAACUAGCCAGCAAGUCAAGAGGUAAAGGAGUUCAGAGGAAUGGGUCUGGAAGAUUUCCACAUCGGGUUGGGGAAGAUGGUCAAAUCAAAGCCUAG